UACACGAGUGAAGCUCGAGAGCGCAGGACUUAUAAACAAACCCUCUUUGAUUGUUCUUCAAUCCWGAAGAAAYAUCCUUGUUKUACUUUUYAAAGUGAUAAUAUACUUCGACMAUGACUCUUAAAAAGGAGGAUUCUGCUGAUUCACAGCAAAUAAGUGGCCAAAGUUUACACACCCAGGAGAGCGGUGAUGAAAAUCUCGCUGUCAAUUUGGCCCACCGCUUCUUUGACACAUAUGUGGGAAUCCAGACUAAUCAGCCUGAAAUGCACAGCUCUGUGAGGCUCAUUCCAAAAGAACCGACGGAUGAAGAAGUCCUGCAGAAAAUCCCCUCUGAGGAAGACAUGGCCAGUUUCGAUAAAUCACAGGAACCCAUCCAUUCCUCAAACACAAUGCAGAAAGAGGAAGCAGUUGAGCYUUCACCAGAAACAUCACCUUUUACACCGAUGAAGGAAAUCACCAGUGAAGAAGACUGCCUUGAGGAGGUAAAGAACAAAAAGUCGCUGUUUUGGGGAUUUGGAGUGAUUGUUGGCAUUGUUAUCAUUGUUAUCAUUGCUGGAUCUGUCGCAGGGGCACUACAGAAGAAUUCUGGUUCUAACAACAAUGGAUGGAUUAACUCAGGUGCACCGAAGCCAAAUUCUGGCCCUGACAUCAUUGCAUCAACUUCUUACUGCCAGGGGAACUGCUUCACGUGCAUGGACGAAGGCAAAUGUCUAAAUAUGACGGCAAUAUUCAGGAAUGUAAACGACGACCAUCCCGUUUACCAGAAGAACAAGAACCAAACGUUUCCCAAAUGUUCUGAAAUGAAGGCGCCAAAAGAAAACACCUGCUCUGUGUGCUUCGACCGAGAUGCCAUCCGUAUCUGCUGCUCAAACAUAACUGAGAUCAUGGUGGAGGAAAGCAAAGGCGGCACAAUUGAAAACGUCGAGUGUGAGAUUCAGCCCACCCCUGGACCUUCAGGUGAGAUUCAGCCCACCCCUAGACCUGCCAGAAAUGUAGCACCUUCUUGUGACGCUUUUAUUCUUCUUAUCAUGUCUGGAGUCCUGCUGAUCAUUAAUACUUGAAGAUGCAGUCAAGAACAAGAAACACCCCAACAGACUUCUGCUUUUUUAAAUUGCUUUUUUGUUUUAAAAUCUAAACCCCAUUUCCUAGAUGUGUUUUUAAAGUAUUGUCAAAGCGCAGAAAUAAAACAUGAACUCAUAAAUUGAAAUUGUUAA